GGUCUCAAAUGCGAAUAGCCGAUGGAAAAACUGAGAAUUUUGACCAUUAAACAUAUCAAAUUUUUCUGAUUAGCACUGAUUCUAAAUUUCCAAGUUCCAAAGAGUUUUCAAACAAUAGAUUGUAUGAUAAAUUUUACUACUUUUAGGACUUUGUUCUUCAUUCUGAACUCCCACACAGCAAUCAAUAGUAGUUGGUUAUCGAUUCAUUGUCUGCUUGUGUUGAUGACAUCACAAUAUGACAAAUCUAACCUCAAAUCUUUCAAGCUUUCAAUAAACAGUGAUAAAACUAACAGAAAAUAAUAAAGUAUUAAAUUAUUUAUCAGUGAUAAAGUAUAAGUUAUAUGCGUGAAUCAAAUUCGAAAAAUGGCAGAAGAAUGUUCAGAUGGUGUUACAGACUCUCCAAAGAAAGGUCCGACAUUAUCGACAAGCACAAGCAGUUUUGAGGCACUCGAUCCGCAUGACCCAAACCUUAGUCGACUUGCCACAACUAUGUUCCAGAAGACAGGCGACUAUCUCUUUGGAGAGCUCACCACCACUCAGGAGGACUACAAACUACUUGAAGCAAUGAAUCAAGCGACCAUCACUAAAUACUCAGACAUGAGGCAAAUAGCUGGCAAUGUGGCACAGUCUAUGUCCGAAUUAAACGAAAAAUAUAAAACUUUAAAGCCUUUCUUGGAUCAAAUCGAUCAGAUUGAUGACAGUGUAACGAAACUAGAGCAGGCGGCAUACAAACUGGAUGCCUAUUCAAAAAGGCUGGAAGCGAAGUUCAAAAGUCUAGAGAAAAGAUAGAACUUGAAAUUGUUUAAAAAAAGGUUAUUGCAGUUUAUGUGGAAGGAGUUAAUUCCAUCGAGUAUGUUGAUGAUUUAUGCCUAGACUAUCAAACUCGCACUAUUUGUAAAUAAGUAAAAUAUAUAUUAUUCUAGUUAAGUUACUCAAGUUGGAUAAUAAAUUGUUAUUUUAAACUAA